AGUUCAGUAUUGCCUCUAGGCUUUAGUUUAGAACCGCAGCCAGCGCCUUUUAUAUUACCUGAGGUUCUUCCAGCCCUUGUCAUUUCAGCCUUCGGUCUAUAGUAUCACCACAGCCCCGUUAAUUCUACCAGAAUUGAAUAGAAUCAAGACAGGUUUAGCCAUUCGUCGAGUAACAGCUCCGACGCGGUUCAGCCAUCCAUUCCGAACGAAACCAAGCGUCGCAUAUCCUUUUCCUCGCGUGGAAAUUUCGUCGGAUGGAAUUUUCUUCGCACAGAAUUUUCGCUGCAUAGAAUUUCUCCUCGCAGCGUCAUUGCGAGUAAACGCGUUGACCACCGUCACCGCGUGCAUUCUCCUCGUUACCAGAACAAGCUUCAAGCUUCAUACCACGAGCCCUUGUAGAAAUUCUCUCUCCUCGUUACACGACGCUUUCUUCCGAGUCGUCUUUAAAACGUUCCCGGUACGGUACGACGCGAUCUAGUUCAAGCGGUGCCUCUCGACACCGUCGUCACCUCGAGACGCGCUCGGCCUCGCGACGCUCUUUCUCUCAGCCGGCCAUGGCGUGUCAAAAGUCGCUGAUUCUCCUCCUCGCCGCUCUCAUACUCCUCGUCGGCGGAGUGGAAGCUCAGAAAAUGGUGUGGGUGGGCGGCGGCAACGGCAACAGGUGGAUCUCCCCGUGGGGCUACGGGCUGCAGAACUGGAAGGCGCCGAAAUUGCUGCCCAACGACGUGCUAGUAUUCCAGUGGGUGAACGAGCUGCACUCGGUGCAUAAAGUAGACGCUGCAGACUACACUGCAUGCACGUUUUUGAAUGCUAAGCCACUUGCCCGGGGCCGCUACUAUGGAUUCUACACUGUCAAAGUGAGGGUGAAGGACAUCGGCAAAACAAUCUAUUUCAGCAGCAACGUGGGUGAUGACUGCAACAACGGCAUCAAAGCAGCGUUUACAGUGGCUUCGUGAUUCUACGUGUGUUGAGCUGAGCUGUAGAGAUUGUCGUUUGGUUCGUACAAGCAAAGAGUGAAUUACAUGACAUCAGUAAGGUCCUCUGUAUUUCAGUUCAGCAGCAACAUGGGUGUAUGCUGCAAUGGGACGAAGGCUGCAUUCGAAAUAAAUUCAAGACUAGGUGAGCUGAGCUCCAGUCUAGUACCACCUGAAUGUUGCCUUCGGGUAUGUUUAUUCCGAAGGUGCGGGUAAAUAAUAGGCUUUUUAUGGAAAUCAAUGUAGAGAAGUGUUCGUUUUGUGGAAAGAGCAAGGUCUACGGCAGCAUAGCCUU